AUGUCGACCCGUUCACACCAGGGCUGCUGGACAUGUAAACGCCGGCGCCGUCGCUGCGAUAAUGCGCGGCCUUCGUGCAAAAAUUGUUCCGAGCGUGGAGCUGCAUGCGAGGGCUAUGAAAUUCGACUCAGAUGGAAUACAGGGAUAGCGUCGCGCGGUCAAUUUACUGGUGCUGAUAAACCGGUUAAAAGCUCUGUGCCACCGAGGCAGAGGGGGAGACAGAGGGAUCUUAGUAGGGAGAGGAGAAAGCAAGUGGAGCUGGAGAGAGACUCUGCUUUGGAUGGGAGUCGGGGGUUGGAGCUGGCGGUGUCGCAGAGGGUGGCUGAGGAUGAGGCUCUUUUCAAUGAAUUUAUGAAUAACGGCAUUAAUUUGCUUCAUUCGACAACAGCAAGAGAUAGCUUGCUUCAGCCGCGUCUCCCGCAGCUUUGUCGAGAAUCCAGCGCCUUGUAUCCUAUCUGCAUUGCAUUCCAACUCGCAUUGUCGAGUUCGGUCUCCUCUCAGUUCUGCGAGUACUUUGACACCGCGUUAAAAACCUUUCGAUCAGAACUGGCGUGCAGCACAACCCUAUCCGAUGGGACGUUGACUUCGGGGCUGCUGCUGUGUAGCAUUGGCUUGAUGCACGGCUUCUCCUGGACUAUGCAUUUAGAAGGUAUGCACAACAUCCUGCAGAGCCACGGUCUCGAUGAUUUGCACCACCAACCUACGCAAACUCACUUUCGUAUCCACCUCCUCGAGGUGAUGGGGUUGAUGGACCUGACCUGCUUUUCUGUCGGUCGUCAGGCUCCAGAAAUUGGUAUCUGGCGCCGGUAUUGCCAGCCCGCGGCACCCAGGUAUGGUAUUGAGCCCGUCAGCGGUCUUCCCCGUACACUACUUGACCUCUUUGCUGGGGUCGGCGCAGAGACUACGGAGCUGAGUCUCUGGGACUGGCCUGGCGAGACAGGGAGCUUUUUACAGUGUUAUUUGUGGGAGGCGCAUCGACUGGCUGGUAUUCUGACUGUCAGAAAACAAGCUAACUCUUUUACUCUUAUUCCCAAAAACAAUAUCUCGACAUGGCGACAGCCUGCCAAGUGUCCGGCAGAUACAUCUGUUCUUGUUGCGCGGAUCCUGGCUAGUCUUGAUGCUCUCCGUCUCGCAUCAGCUGAACGCCCGACGGAAGAUGUCUUCAUCAAGAAUGCAGUUCUUUUUCCUCUAUUUGUCGCUGGAUUAGAAGUCGGUGUCCUGUGUCGCAAGCCGGAAUGGAAGCAACCCAUCAGGAAGGUAUUGCUAGGCUCGCAUCAGUGUCAAAUUCUGCUUAGUCUGCUGGAAGAGUUAUGGCAGAAAGAAGAUCCAAAUCUGAAUGUGCAUGAGUUGGCUCGACAAAGAGGUCUGGAGAUGGGGUUGCUGUAA